AUGGAACGACAAACACGAUCUUGGGUUGAACAAGGCAUGAAAGGUACCUUGAAAAAAGACCAGCAUACAAUUCUUUUGCUGCAAGCAGAGACAACCCAACGAGUAUGGGCCGAUUUUUCUACAGUAGAGCAAGCCAUGGAAGAGCUGAUUAGCUAUUUUGAGCACUCCUUAAAGGAAAAAGCUCCCAACAAGCUGACACUUAAAUACCAAAUUGCAGACUUUAAUCGAUACAUUGAUACAACACCAGAUAUUGGAUGUCUUGUAUUUGAUCAUGAAACCAAGUCAUAUGUUCCACAUGACAAGACCUGGAUUAAGAAACAAGUGUUCACGAUGUUGCGAGGGAUUGUAGUCAAUAAAUAA